UUCAGUGCUCGAAUUUCUAUGUGCGUGUGUAUUACAAUUCAAACAUAUCCACCUGGAUUUUGUACUCAUGAAAGGCACAGUGUCAUCUUCGCCCAAUUACGCUCUUCAGCUUCAUCCUCCCUGUGUUCUUGACCAGUGACAGUCCAGUGUAACUUGAUAAUAACAGCAUGGCAGACAGGGUGCAAGAGUGUCGAGUGGCCUUGCAGAGCUGUCCCCCCGGUCAUUCUGAUCUAUCAGCGUUUCUCAACAGUCUUGCCCUCAGCCUUCAAAACAGAUUCGAGCAGCGGGGCGCCCCGUCUGACCUUGAUGAGGCCAUCGAGCUCUAUCAGGCUGCACUACUCCUUCUUCCCCCCGGUCAUUCUCAUCGAUCGAUGACUCUCAACAAUCUUGCCCUCAGCCUUCAAAACAGAUUCGAGCAUCGGGGCGUCCCGUCUGACCUUGAUGAGGUCAUCGAGCUCCAUCAGGCUGCACUACUCCUUCGUCCCCCCGGUCAUUCUGAUCGAUCGAUGACUCUCAACAAUCUUGCCCUCAGCAUUCAAAACAGAUUCGAGCAGCGGGGCGUCCCGUCUGACCUUGAUGAGGCCGUCGAGCUCCAUCAGGCUGCACUACUCCUUCGUCCCCUCGGUCAUUCUGAUCGAUCGAUGACUCUCAGCAAUCUUGCCUUUAGUCUUCAAAACAGAUUCGAGCAGCGGGGCGUCCCAUCUGACCUUGAUGAGACCAUCGAGCUCUAUCAGGCUGCACUACUCCUUCUUCCCCCCGGUCAUGCUGAUCGAUCGAUGACUCUCAACAAUCUUGCCCUCAGCCUUCGAAACAGAUUCGAGCAGCGGGGCGUCCCAUCUGACCUUGAUGAGGCCGUCGAGCUCAAUCAGGCUGCACUACUCCUUCUUCCCCCCGGUCAUUUUCGUCGAUCGAUGACUCUCAACAAUCUUGCCCUCAGCCUUCAAAACAGAUUCGAGCAGCGGGGCGUCCCGUCUGACCUUGAUGAGGUCAUCGAGCUCCAUCAGGCUGCACUACUCCUUCGUCCCCCCGGUCAUUCUCAUCGAUUGAUGACUCUCAACAAUCUUGCCUCUAGCCUUCGAAACAGAUUCGAGCAGCGGGGCGUCUCGUCUGACCUCGAUGAGACCAUCGGGCUCUAUCAGGCUGCACUACUCCUUCGUCCCCCCGGUCAUUCUGAUCGAUCGACGACUCUCAACAAUCUUGCCUCUAGCCUUCAAAGCAGAUUCGAGCAGCGGGGCGUCCCGUCUGACCUUGAUGAGACCAUCGAGCUCUAUCAGGCUGCACUACUCCUAGUUAUGUCACCACUCGGCUCGGCCCAGCCCGGGUUCGGCUUUUACCAGCUACACCUGUAGUUCGGCUAUUCCCGUAAGCUGAACCACUUUGUCCAGCUUGGUUUGACCUGUUAGCUGUGUGAAUCGGCUACAAGCCAUGACUCCAGCAACAUCGACUCGAGCUGGUUCAAGCUGGUUGCAGUCGGCUUCAGUCACGUGGAAGUUGAACUAUCUUCUUUCUGUGCGUCGUUGACUCGUUGUCCAUUCAUUCAAUUUCAUUGUUCAAUCCCUCACUGCAAUAUUCA